CUGAACUUGACCUUGACCUUGACCUUGACCUUGACGUUUUCGGGGUUCUUUGCUGUCGUAGAUGUGUGUUGGCUUGCAUGCAGACACACUCGCACACCACACAGACUAAAAAAAGACAACCAUGGCCUGGUUUGAUAUAGCCGCUCAAAAGUUUGGAUUUCCUACAAUUGAAUUGUUUGUGAAGGCAGGCAGUGAUGGUGAGAGCAUCGGAAACUGUCCUUUCUCCCAAAGGCUGUUCAUGAUCCUGUGGCUUAAGGGAGUCAUUUUCAAUGUCACCACAGUUGACCUCAAGAGGAAACCAUCUGACCUUCAGGACCUUGCCCCCGGCACUAACCCGCCAUUCAUGACCUUCAACGGGGAGGUCAAGGUUGAUGUGAACAAGAUCGAGGAGUUCCUAGAGGAGAGAUUGACACCCCCUCGGUAUCCAAAACUGUCUGUCAAACAUCCCGAGUCCAACUCAGCCGGCAUCGAUGUGUUCGCCAAGUUUUCUGCCUACAUCAAGAACUCUCGCAAAGACACCAAUGACGCCCUGGAGAAGGCGUUGAUGAAGUCCCUGAAGCGUCUGGAUGAGUACCUGCGGACCCCCCUGGCCGACGAGAUUGACACCAGCAGCCCUGAUGACCCCGAGUCCACACGCUGCUUCCUGGACGGGAACGACCUCACACUGGCCGACUGCAACCUGCUCCCCAAACUAAACAUCCUGAAGAUUGUGGCCAAGAAGUACCGUGGCUUUGAGAUCCCCAAGGACAUGAUUGGCGUGUGGCGCUACCUGAACAGUGCCUACCAGAGGGAGGAGUUCACCAGCACCUGUCCUGCUGAGCGGGAGAUCGAGUUUGCCUACAUUGACGUGGCCAAGAAGAUAAAGUAGAGGGGAGCAGAGGCACCAUGACUGAGAAGUUACAAGGCAGGAGUGAAGUAGCCUACCUGUAGGCCUCUGCAGGGGUUGGUGUUGAGUUUGUGUGUGUGUGUGUGUGUGUGCGUGUGCAUGUGUG